CGGCCAGGGCGGUGCAGGGUCCCCGAGGCAGCGGCGGGCGGUGGCUUUGGGGCGGGGGGGUGGUGCCGGGCGCGUCCCGAGCGUGCGGGGCUGGGUUUCCCCAUGUAGCGCGGGCUCCUUCCGGCUUCCCGGCCCUCCCCGCCGGGCCUCUGCGCUCCUUGGAGCUUCGACCCCGUGGCAGCGUGGCGUCGGUUAGGCGCAGGGUUUGGCCUGCAGGACCCGGCUGCGAGCCCUGGCUGGCCAUUUCAGACUUCUUUGAAACCUUGUGCACAUGCAGUCAGUUCCUCGUUUGUAAAAUGGGCUUGAUAAUACCCGCCUUGGGGUCGAAUGGAUGUCGGGAUGCCUGGCGGUUAGCAGUGCUCCUUAGUUGUGGGAAUGACUAUUACCAUUGCCUGAAUUCUGACAGCAGCGAGGUGCGUUGGCCAAGGUCUGUCCUCUGGCCAGACAGGUUAGGAUGACGUUCUGCUCAUUUUUAAGUUGUAAUCAGCCUUCUAGAUGAACAAUAAAUGAUUAUGAUUCAGAGAGGGAUCCCUUAUUUGUGGCUGACCCUUUUUGAGGCAAACUCUAUUCCAGUAAGGUCCUCCCUAGGCGGAGCCCUGAGCUGCUUUCAGGGUUGGCUGGCAAGUGGAAGGGUUCGACUUGUACCCUUUGAGCCCCAGGGUGGGGACUGAGCUUUAGGGGGAGGGGAGAAGAGAGACCGUUAGAUGAGAGGCUGCCCUUGGGUCUUCGGGAUUCUCCCAUCCCAGAGCCAGCUAAAAUCUGGCCAGUCAGAAGUAUCUUCGGAUUAAGGGAGAGGGUGUUGGUUGGUUGGUUGAUUCAACCUUCCCAGGGAUCAAAAUGGACUUGGGGUUCUCUGUAACCACACCAAGGUAGAGGAAAUGAAAAGUCUGGAUUUGGGGAGAUGAGGGAGAGAUAGGUUAAGGGUAGGGGAGGCAGGGCACCCUGGGGACAGCAAGCAUCUUGGACGGUAGGAAGAAGGAGAGUGGCCCAUCUUAGUCUUCUGGGCCCUGCUCUUCGCCCUGCUAACCUGUGGCCUGUGCUGACCAGUAAUUACAGCGGCUGACUGGAAGUAUUCUAACUUCUUAGAAUUCACUGGACUUUGUUCUUUGUAGGAAUUGCAGGGUGACUCCCAUGCAGUGUGACACACAGACCUGUAAUUCCUGGUGUGAUGAGAGUGGAGUUUGCUGUCCUGAAUUCGAAACACAAGUCAUUAAGCCUGGGCCCUGACUCAUCUUCAGGAGAGAAAAGAGAGAUGGGAGACUUAAAAUCUGGGGAUAAAAAGAGGGUCCUUCCCACAUGGAUGACAGCCCAGGAGGCCGAGAAGAGAAAGGUGGCGGUGAAGACCCCCAGGGGGAGGAGACCAGCAGCUCAGGGGGCUGCCGCAGCGAGACUUGCCACAGCGAGGACCGUGUACUGCAUGAAUGAAGCUGAAAUGGUAGACGUCGCUCUGGGGAUCCUGGUUGAGGCCCGGAAACAGGAAAAGCCCUUGGAGUCUCCAACUCUGGUGGGCGCUGAUAAGCCAGCUCUGUCCCCAGUCCUCUCAGUGUCGUCACCAGGAUCUCCUGGGAGUAGAAGUGAGGAUGAGGACAUUGGGAAAGACGCCCUUCCUCCAGGCCUCAGCCCUCCUCAGGGGCCCCCAGGGUCUGAGUCUGCGUGCAGCGGGAGCCCUGAGGAGGAUGAGGACAUGUUAAAAUACGUCAGAGAAAUAUUUUUCAGCUAAGGGAC